AUGGCAAAUGAAGGAGAACAGUACGAGAAUCUAGCAAUACGACAGAAAUUGAAAGCUGCCAUCCACUAUGGAGUAGGCAAGUGUUGUACAAAGUUUGAAGAGGAGGAGGACUUUCAUGGGACCCAGUUCUCUGUGCAUUUCAAGAACAUAUUAGCAGAGGCCACAUUUAAACAGUUACAGAAGUGGACAACUGACCUGGAACUUUUUGCUAAGCAUGCUAGGCGAACAACAAUAAAUUGUGAUGAUGUGAAACUGUUAGUAAGAACUACACCUCAACUGGCUGAUUAUCUGGAAGAUUCAUGUGCGGAGAUUGAAAGUAAUAAAAAGAAAUCUAAGAAAAACAAAAAAACUGCAAGAACUGAAGCCAUAGACUCUGACUGAAGUUUUAAGUUUUUCCAAGGAACUUCAUUUUUUCACGAGAAGAAACAUGGCUUUAUCCAUGCUAUGUAAGAGGAUUUUUCGUGUAUCCCUGGCAAAUUCUAUGUCCAGGCAGUCCCCGACUUUAUCCAUUAUUGUAAAACAAAAAAUAAUUAGUAACGCUCAAAUGGUAGACUCUAGUGUGGAGGGACACAAGGGAAGAAGAUGGUUAUGUACAGAAUCCAAUGAACAUGGAAAACACCGCCACUGUUGGAAAUGUAAGAGAAAAUUAGAUGAACUGGAAGUGUACUUCUGCAAGUGUGGAAUAAUUCAGCCUUUAGAUUCUGAUUGGUCAUACUUUGAAAUAAUGGGAACACCGCAGCAGUUUGACAUUGACACCAAUAGUUUAACUAAACAUUAUAGAGGGCUACAGAAACAUUUACAUCCUGAUAAAUACAGCCAGAAGUCUGAUCUUGAAAGGGAAUAUUCCGAGGCCCAAUCUAGCAUUGUAAACAAGGCAUAUAAUACAUUGCUUAAGCCGUUAUCUAGGGGGCUCUAUCUCCUUGAAUUACAUGGUGAAACUAUAGAGGAAGAUCAGAUUGAAUUUGAACCCGAUUUCCUUAUGGACAUUAUGGAAGUGAAUGAAACAUUGGCCAAUAGUGCUGAUAAUGCAGACACAGUAAGGUUAAUACAGAAAGAAAAUCGUAAAAUUAUUAACGGUUUUAUUGUAGAAUUAACAGAUGCCUUUGCAAAUGAGAAUAUCAAGAAGGCCAAAGAGUUGUUGUCAAGGCUGAAAUAUUAUGCUAAUAUUGAUGAGAAGGUUAAACAGAUUCAGAGGGAUAAGGGCUACAUGUCCUCAUACUUUUGAGACUUAUUUUUGUACAUUUCAAUAUACGCAAUACUGUUAGAGAAAUCUUGUCUUAAAGAUUUUGUAUAGUAACUGAAUUCAGAAGAAGGAUGUUCAAAGUAAGUUGUAUAAGAGGUCUAGGAUACAAAUUUUAAUUUAAAAAAAAUGUGAUUUUAUAUUGAUUAUUAUAUGUGUGUUCUUGUUUCUUUCUAUGUCAUCAUCAAAAGUGGUGAUAUAUCAGCAUAUUGUUAUCGUCUUGGUGACGGUGGUUGGUGUCCAGCGUCUGGUAUUCGGUGUCUGUAACAAAUGGCAGUUAUGACACUUUUAUAUAUUAAUAG